AUGGCUGACGAGAUGUCAAUAAUACCAAAGCAGCAGAACAUGUACUACCCUUCUUCACUGUACUUCUCUUCACCCGCCAAGCUGUCGGACAAUCAGACUCCCGGCCAGGGCGCCGGCGCAAACAAGCCCUCCACCUCGCCGCCCGCCACGGCCACCUCGCCGGCUCCCAAGAGCAAGAGCCCCAACCUGCACCGACCCAUCAUGCAGGCCAUGCCGGAUACGCGCCAGCAGAGCUUUGACGAGAUUUACGGCCCGCCAGAGAACUUCCUCGAGAUUGAGGUGCGCAAUCCGCGAACGCACGGCAUGGGCCGCUCCAUGUACACCGACUACGAAAUCUUGUGCCGCACCAACAUUCCCGCCUUUAAGCUGCGCCAGAGCUCCGUCAGCCGCCGCUACUCGGACUUUGAGUACUUUCGCGACAUUCUCGAGCGCGAGAGCGCUCGCGUGACCAUCCCGCCGCUGCCUGGCAAGGUGUUUACGAACCGCUUCAGCGACGACGUGAUCGAGGGGCGACGCGCCGGCCUGGAAAAGUUUCUCAAGAUUGUGGUCGGACACCCGCUGCUACAGACCGGUAGCAAGGUGCUCGCUGCCUUUGUACAGGAUCCGAAUUGGGACCGGAAUGCGUGGUGA